UCGAAUGUUGAUGUGACGGAAUCAUUUACAGAUCGAUUGUUGAAAAAUGGCAUCAAAGCUGAGUGAGCUGCAAUCAGCCGCUGCUCAAGCAUCCAAGUAUGUAGCCAAGAAUGGACCUUCCUAUUACAAGCAGCUGAUGGAGAAGAACAAGCGCUACAUCAAGAAUCCUCCUACCAUCGAGUCGUGCCAGCUUUUGGCUAAGCAACUCUUUUACACUCGUCUUGCCAGUAUUCCCAGUCGUUAUGAUGCAUUCUGGAAAGAACUUAAUUCGAUGAAACAAGUGUGGAAUAAGAGGAAAGAGUUCAAGAAUGAGGAUUACCGCAUUGCUGCUCUCUUCGGGGUAGGUUGGGUGGUAGAAUGUUACGCCUGGUUUUUCCUUGGAGAGGUUGUCGGACGAGGCUUUACAUUCACAGGUUACUAUGUUUAACUACUGUAAUCUGGUCUGCUUCUGGCCUCAAGUUUCCUUAAUAAGAGAUUUUAUGUUCAAUUUUUUCAUCAAGCAAGUGCACCGUGGUAUCUGUUCAGAUUCUUAUGAAUGUUUAUCGUAAUUUAUCAGUCCCUGAACUUGCUUUUUUCUGGAAUCCGAGGGUCUCAUGUCUCUGAGAUAAACUGGGUUUGUCUUUUAUUAGUAUGUGAUUUCAGACGUCUCCAAGUCUAAUUUUUUCUUAGUUGCAUGAUUAUUUCUGUAAUCUGAAUUCUGCCGUUAUUUGAUAAUGAAACUCCCUCUCUACUUC